UACUUCGUAGUGCAGUGUAGUCAGUUUGUUGAGGGUUGGAAUGGUACAAUAACUGAAUAAGUAAAGCUGGUCUCAAAUUCAUGGAGGAAUCGUUCCUUAGACUUUCUGACCUAGAUCUGUGGAUAAUAAGUGAGCGAGUCCUGUGCGAAUCAUAGACAUAGAGUACCGUCCAACAUCAAUCAUUAUACUUGUAUGUUGUAGAAUUGUGGUGACUUGAUGCCAUAAAUUUGUCACGUAUCCACAUUCCCUUAUGUGGAAAUGGGUUUUACUGAUGAAACAGUUACCUUCGGUUCGUAGGGACCCGGAGAGUUGUGAAUGUUUGUCGAUCUACCAACGCCUUGGGUAACAACAGCGUGAAUGUAGUGGUGGUUGACGUUGGAGAAUGUCUGCUGCUGACGUGGAGGAAGCGGUAGCUCAGACCUUGUCCCAACAACCCUCGGACAAUGGGCAUGCUAAAUCUGAGAAUGGAGCGCUCGAGGAGCAGUCGAGCGCUGCUGUCAGCACGGAAGUUGAAGAUCUCAAGACAACCCACGCACUGCAGCAGGAGCUGAAUGCCAACAAACUGAGGGACUUGACAUCUGCUAACAAUGAGCUGAAGCAACGGGUAGACAGCUUGGUUGCUGAUUUGGAAAGCCGGUCAAAGGAACUAGAAGAGUCACGACGCCACCAUGCUCAACAUAGCCAAGAAGCAGAGAGCAAGCAUGGGCAGUUGAUGGAUGAUCUGCAGCAGCUGCGUUCCAGUCUUAGUGUCAAGGAAUCAGCAGCAGAGGAUGCUCGUAAUGAGUGUGAAGCUGAACAUGGCAAGCACCAAGAGCAGCUUGCCAGUAUGCGCAAGGAGUUAGAGCAGCGCCACUCGGAGCAGGAGAAGUCGCUCACUUCUGCCCAGAACGAUCUUAAGAAACAUUUAGAGAAGGAAAAGGAGAAAACUGCCGCAGCAGAAAAGGAAGCUGCAUCUUUGCGAGAUCAGGUUGCAGCGAAAGAAGAAGAGCGUCAAUCUGCUGUCCAGGAGAAGGGUAAAGCAGAACGGCUGACACAGCAGUUUCGUCAGGAAGCUGAAAAGGCCAAAGGAGAGGCCAAGUCCUUGGAGACGGAAGUGCACAAGUGGCAAACUAAUUACGAGUCUGUGCAAACCUUACUGAAUGACACCCAGAAGCAGACGGAGAAGGGCAAAGAUGAUGUCAAGAGCCAGUUCAUCAAGCUCAGCUGGGCACAGAACAAGCUGAAAGCGGAAACAGAAGCGCACAAGGAGACAAAGAGUAAACUGGACACGACAUCGAAACAUCUCAGUACUGUUCAGGAGGAAAUGUCCAAAUUGCGCAAAGACUACGAUAAAACCAUGACCGACGUUCAGAACCAGUCGAUGAGAUCUUCCACACAGCUUGAUGGCCGCAUUCGAGAAAUCGAAGCUGAGCUGAAGAAGAAAGUGGAGGAGAACGACAUUGAGCUUCAGGCACACAAGGUGACCGCACAACAGCUUCUCGACACUCAAAGCCGAUUGAAAACUACAUCUGAAGAACUGUCUGCAGCGAAGACAUCGGUUGAAGAGAAGACCAGCCAAGUGGAGGAGCUACAGCAGAACGUUUCAAAAGAACAUGACCGGUUUGAAGAUCGGCAGCGCGAGUGUGAACGUCUCAAUUCUCGGAUCAGUGAGAUAGGAGAGCUCCGUCAGCAAUUGACCCAAGAAAGGGAACGUGUCACAACUCUAAGCUCUGAACUUGGUGAAGUUCUUGCGUCUCGUUCUGAGUUGGAAGGAGAGGUUGGUGAGCGGCAGCAGCGAGAAGGAGAGAUGCUAUCCUUUCAUCAGCGUAUGGCUGCUAUGAAUGCUGAGCUCCAGUCACAGAACAACAAAAUCUCUGAUGAUCUGUUAGCAAUACGGAACAGUCACUCAGACCUGAAGGUGGAGCAUGAUCACUUGGCCGAGGAACGAAGUCGACUGCAACGGGAGUUUGAAAAUCUCCAGCAGCAGUACAAGACUGAAGUAUCCAAACUCUCCGCGAAGGUAGAUGACAAAACCAAGGCCGUGGAACAGCUAACAGUGCUGUUAGAUGACGAGAGGGGAGAAGUGCGUGUCUUGAAGCGAAAGAACACCGCUAGCGUAAAGGACUUGACACGGCAGCUCCUACAGGCCAGGAAAACUGUGGAUGCUUUGAAAACCGGUGAACUGGAUGUAGAAGAGCUUCGUUUGCAAAGCGGUAUCAGCUCUGGCUCAUCAGCUGCCAAUCGCGGUGCUACUAUACAGCGCUAUGCAUCCGACAUGGACAUCUCAACAUCAUCCUAUGGCACAGAGAUAGGAGUGAGCAAUCCAGACGCUGUUCGUGGUAACUCUGCUCCGCCACCUGCAAGCUACCAUCGCACUACAAGUCCCUCGGCAAACCCGGCAUCAACUUCAUCAUCGCAGCGUAUCAGGUCAUUGUCCGUGGGCCGUGUUGUUGGGCCCGAGCAACGUACACAACAUCAAACGUCAGCCGGGCCUGCAUCCGUCUCUGUGCCCACGUCUACGGAACGAGCACCUGACAUAGAUUCCAGCAAUCUGGAGAGUGUCAGCAUACAACGACCACCAGCGGUUAUAGAGAAAGAGCGACGAAUGCUUCUCAGCAAGAUUGGUAGUCUACAAAACUCCCAUGCCAGCAAGGAUGAGAAGAUGGAGUUUAUGGAGAGUCAUAUCAUUGAGCUUACGGAGGAAAUUCGGAGGAAAACAAGAGCUAUUCAGUGCCUUGUUCUACGUCAAGAUUCUGGUAGUAUUUCUCCUGCAUCGUUAGACAGUUACAAGCUGCAGGCAGGCCCGCAGCGAGGCAUAAUGGCGUCUGUCUUCCACUCACGCAAGGUCGACCAGAAGAUGACACUCAACCUUUCUUUAGAAAUCAAUUCCAAGAUGCAAGCUGUGCUUGAAGAUCUUCUAAUAAAGAAUAUGACACUGAAAGACAAUUUAUCCACUCUGGGUCAGGAGGUGGCUGAUCUGUUGGCUGUCAUCAAGCAUCACAAUAUCCGGGUUCCCAGGAAGUUUUGAAUACUGUGCAUCUCGUUGGAGCGAGUUAGGUGUUUUUUGUGCUAUUGUUGAGUUUGUCGUUUGUUGUUGUUGUUGCUGCUUGUCUUGCUGUCAGCCCUCUGGGCGCUGGCUUUGGCAAUUUGCUUUCUUGUUUGAUUUUGUUUGGUAUUCUCUCCAGAUAUUCUCGCGCCUGGAAAUUUUGUUGAUUUUCCUCUACUUUUUUCUUAUUUUCGCUCUCGUCUUGCCUCGAAUUUUAGCUGCAGAAGGUGUAUGUGUUUCUUAACAACAUUGAGUAGAUAGCAGCAGCGGCAGGAAUGUCUAUAUUAUCAACCCUUUACUCGCGUUUUACUCUUCCUGGAUACUCAUCGCAAAGCAGGCUCCGCAUGUGUUUCUAUCCUCAGCACCUGUUUAUUGGUGCACUGCUUCCUUUUCCACAAGACGAUCUGUUUUGUUGCUUUUCUUGCUCAGUCUUGGUCUGUGUGUGUGUGUUUUAUGUGACAAUGCUGUGGCACUCUGGACCAUGACAUUAUGUUGUUUAUGUACUUCAUACAUUGUAAGACUGGCUAGCUGUGUUGAUUGAAUUAUCUUUAAUAACUUAUAGCUGUAUUGCUCAGGGAAUUGCUUCGCUGUCACGUGUCCACAUGUUGUUUGUUGUGCAUUUUGUCCAGGACUCAUGCUCUUUAGCUGGCUCAUCUGCAGAAUAUCCCUACGUUAUUACCACUGUGUUAUCACCAACCUGUCAUUUUCAUUAUUCUCUCUCUUGUUUUCUCCUUCUCUUUUUACUUUCUCUAUUACCAGGUUAUUCGAACAGAGUCCACACGCUGGGUCAUUAUGACACAGCGUUGGGUCAUUAUGA